AUGAAAAAGCGUCUUUAUGGAAUGUAUCUCUCUCGAAGGCGGCAAGAGCUUGACGGGUUGCAAGAAGACCGGAAGCUCUGUGCUGUGAAGUCGUCUGGAACGUCGGGCAUGCCGCCAAGAACCGCAUGUGCAAUAACAACCCGCCCACCCGAAUUUGACACACCAGACCACGGACUUCAAUUCUCGAUCUUCUCUCCAACCUCACACCCCUUCCCACCCACCAGAAUCUCGCACCGCACCAUGUCUCAGCCACCACCACCACCACAGAGAACACUGCGUGAAAACCUCGGAUCCCUCCCGCAAGAACUCUACGACAAAAUCUUCGACGAGACCUUCGCCGCCCCAAAAUCCAUCAUCCACAUCACCCGCGAGACUGUGCUUCCCGACGACAAACUCCGCAAAGUCAGUCGCGCCACCAGACAGAAGUACUUCCAGUCGCUUGGCAAGAACACCAUCUUCGUGGGCCAAUGCAGUAUCGUGGGACUCUGGCUUUGCCGCAUAGACUGGAGCCGGGCGAUACGGGAUAUUCGCGUCUUCGUGGAGCAUGGCGAGAGGACUUGGCCUGUGAGAUUGUCGUGGUCAGGCGGGAACUGGGAUUGGGGUAAAGCCAGGCUGAGUGCCUGGUGUAUGGCUCAGCAGUUUCUGUUUCGCUCUGUUGACGGUUGCGUUGGCUUUGUACUGACAAUAUGGCGCUUGGGAAGGAAUGGAGGACGAGAACAAGAGCCUCGCUUCCGCUCGAUCCUGGUCUUCGAUGGCAAGGGAGUCGGAGCUGGCGCGUGCCUCUCAAGCUCAGACUUCUCAGUGCCAUUUCCCCCGUCCAGCAUCAUAAAAUCAGUCCCGAGCAAAAAGCCACUUGCCCAACAAGACUGGGAAGCUAGGCAUGACUCCAACAAACAGACGGCGACAUUGUGUCAUCGCUGUGUCUCGGAGCGAGGAUCAUCUAAGCUAGGCAUGACUCCAACAAAUGCGGACAACCAAGGCGGCACCUUCAGAAACGGCGACAUGGCUUCAUGGCUUUGUCUCGGAGUGAGCAUCGUCCAAAGCACUGCUGACACUUCUACCUACCUUAUCACUUUUACCCGACUGUGUGCGACUGAGGCAAUCGUGUCAGAGAUGCCAGCACUCAUCGUCAGAGAAAAUGCUAACCCUGAUACCCAUUUCUUUUCGGUGUACAUGACGAGAAAAUCCUUGGACAUCACAUCCGUACGAACCUUAGAACAUCUCCGCCGCCUCCUCGACAUCAUUCGUAUCGCCGGCGACACCAAGAUGGAGUUUUUCAACCUGACUCAAGUGGACUCUACGUCCCGAGCCAAGUACAUCCAGUCGCACAGCACCAACACUGUGUUCAUCGGCUGUCAAAACGUCGUAGGACUCUGGCUCGGUACUCCAGAGUGGCGGGAUAAGAUCCAAAACGCUCGAGUCUUCAUUCGUUAUGGAGAGCAUUGUGGCGAUAUACUCUUUUUGCCGUGGAAUCUUGCGGCUUUGGAGUUACUCCGACGCAGAAGUGCCAGGCCCCUCAACUUCGAGACAGAGGUGCGUGUCAACUUUACCGUUGCCUCCAUCCCCGCGAGUGAUCAGGUGCUGAGAUGCUUCAGCUGGUGGAAAGUCUCAAGACCUGCCGCAAGGGGCCUGUCACGGUCAGAAAUGUAUGAGAUUCCAUAUGGAUCGAGGGCGGUCGACACGAAGGUCUGA